GUGAAAGAGUGAAUUGAUCUAGUCGGCUCCGAUUUGUUUGGGUGGAAAGCUUCGGAAAGUGUUUUGUUUCUAGGAAAGAAAAAAAAACGUCGGAGUGAUUCGGGUAUUUUGUUGGAUGCAACACAGUGUGCCCUGCCUACAUGUGUGCCGUUGUUGGCUGGCGUCGAGAAUAGUGCUGCAGCAAUGAGAGCUUUGGUGUUAUUAUUGAUUAACAUAUUUUGCCUGGCAAAGUUUGUCAAAUCCUAUGGCGUUGCAGAGCACCGUAUUGACUACUUCAAAUCUUCCAACGGGCAUGAAUACGAUUAUCAUUACCAAGACGGUACAGCGCCACGAUUUGACAAAAACAAAUUUCACCUCAAUCAACAACAGCUGCCGCAGCUGAUAAAGGACAAACGACCCUUCAAACUGCCGUACAUCCACAAGUACUUCGCCACCGGUUACGAGCAGGUUCUCACGCACCAAAAGCAAUCGCCGACCAAUCCUAGCUUCAAGCAGCAGAACUCGUUUCCAAUAUUCGAAAGCCAUGAAAAAAUUCUUCGCUCCUACGCCGAUGCGGAUGACAGUGACUACGACGAGGAUCUGAGCAAACAAAGACCCGGCGCUCAUUCGCUGACCAAGAACACCCUCUACAACACAGCGAAUUAUCACCGAACAUCACCGCAUCGGUACAAUGGUUAUGACACUUCACAUAGGUCCGAAUCAGAAUCGGAAGAAUCCAUCAACGUUCCGGUUUCUCCGACAAAGUCUCCAUUUGCUAGUCAUUUACCGUUGCCUGGAGGCUACCACUACAUUCCCAGUGGAUACACUUACUUCCACACUCAUACGUUACCUCAACCCGACAACCCCAGCCAACUGUUCUACUUCGGUUCGACAGAAGCCUCAACUACGACUCGCCGGCCGUACGUCGCCCCAUCGCUAACUUCUACAACGCCAACACCUUCCAAGUACUUUGUCCAUCAACGACCGACCAGACCUUCGUUACUGCGUCGACCUUACCUUGCACCCUCACUAACAACUACAAAGCGACCGUACGUUGCCCCACUAGUAACCCGGACAACUCCAACACCACCGACAAGUUCAAAAAGACCCACCGGGAACCGACUGCAGAAUCAGAGCCAGAAUCAGCUUUUCAAUGGUGCUAGCCGAUUUCGGUACACGGCCAGCAAAACGGCGACCACCAGCACCAGCGAAAAGCCGAAACCGAGUGAUCUGUACGAGCCCGAGUUCGAUAUCGACAUCCGGAUCGAUCUAUCCCCGGAUUCAUCCUAAACAUGGACCGACGGACGUGGCCCCGUCAGACGUUAGAGAAUUUUGUUUAAUUUAAUGCAAUUAAUGGUGGUAAAUUAAAAGAGAAAAUACUGAAA